UACCUGAUUAAGCAAAAGACUUGCAAGAUGACGAGGAAAAAAGUAAAAAGAAUUCGAUCUAGGGAGAAGAAGCCCUUUGAUUUCAUUUACGGUAAAUGGGCUCAUUUUGGAGUUCCCACGCUUGUCUCUGCUGGUGGUGAUGCGAAGCUAUUUGCAUACUCUGCUAAAGAGUUUACUAGGUUCUCCCCACACGAUAUUUGCCCUGCACCACAGAGAGUUCCUAUACAACUGGUCACUAGCACAAGGUUCAACCGGUCUUCUUUUCUCCUGGUCCAGGCUUCUCAUUGGUUAGAUGUGCUCUGUGUUAAAGUUCCUGAUGUGGGUUCUGGCUCCUAUGGUGGUCCCCUGACCACUAAUAUAGUAGGUCGAGUUAAGAGUAAGGCUUGUCGAAAAAUCAUUUGCAGUGCAAUGGCUAACCCAGGGGAGCUUUUCGGUUAUUCUGAUCUCAUUAGACCCAGCCUGUUUGCACUAAAUUGUGGAUUUGGAGAGUCUUCCAUUACAGAAAUGUUCACAAGUUCUGAUGACCACUGGUUAGCUGCUAUCAACUGCUUUGGAGAUAUAUAUUUAUUCAGUCUGGAGACACUAAGGCAGCACUGGUUUAUAUCAAGAUUGGAUGGUGCCUCUGUAACCGCUGGUGGCUUUCCUCAGAAUAAUAACUCGCUUAUUGUCACAACAUCUUCAAACCAGUUCUAUAUAUUUGAUGUGGAAGCUAGGCAAUUGGGUGAAUGGUCAACGCAGCAUACAUUCACUCUUCCCAAAAGAUACCAAGAAUUUCCAGGGGAGGUUAUUGGGUUAUAUUUUUCCCCUCCAUCAUCCUCCAAUCCAUCAAAAUCAACAUCUGUUGUUGUUUAUAGUGCAAGACUGCAAGGUGCUAGUUCUUUUACUCGUGUUUAUGUUGUCAUUGUAGCCCGUAUCUUAAUAUAUAUUAGCCAUUGUGAUUGGCAUGACCAAGUUAGGGGUAUAGGUGCUUUACUUUGUGCUGUUCUAUCGAGGUGCCUGCUGGUUUCUUCUGCUACCUUCUCAUCCUUGCAUAUUUAG